CCUUGCCUUUCCCUCUUCCUUCCGGCCUACUGCAGAACCUGAGGCAGACCCGGGCGGACCCAGCCGCGGCCUUUUCCCCCCGAGCAGCGCCCAGCCACACAAUCGCAUGUCCACUAUCCAGAACCUCCAAUCCUUCGAAUAUAGUUCUACUCUUUUGGUGAAGAUAAGCCUGUCACUGGGUUCUACCAACUCAGACUGCAUGUGUGGUAUCACAUGACCAGCUACUCCUUCUACAUCCGCUGCAGGAAUUGUGUGGCACUUCAUGUGUAUUGGGUGCAGCUCCAAGUGCUUCCUACCAUUAAUUCUGUUGGCUAGAGGUGCUUGGAGUUGCAUUUCAGCAACAUCUGGAGGAUUGCACAGUUCCCACCUUUAUUCUACAAAAUAAAAAACAGAAUCCCUGUGACACAGAGACUUCGCAUGCCAGAGAGAAGAUACUAACCUCUUUCCUUGUAGUAACAAAUGGUACAUCCUAGGCACAGGCUUAUCAUCUUUGUGAGAGCCAGUUUUCGAUAUAUUGAAAUCUGGGAGCCACUCAGUACAACUUCUACUCAGCCAGUAGUUAAAACAUUAGUCUGCAUGCCAUGGUCAUUUAGAAUGAUUGCAUUUAAAAAUGGCAUCUGCAGAUAGUAUACAUUUUUAUUUGGCACUGUAGAAUCUGCAAUAUGUACCUAGUGUUUAUGUUGGGUUUCCCAUUCCCCUGUAAUCUGCCAUAACUUUAUCCUCUAAAUCCCCUAGGUACUAGGAAUGGGUGGGAGGUUUUUUAAAUGACUGAUCUAUGAUUGUAACAAAGUUGAUUGGUCAGUGCGUAAGCUCAACAAAUCUAUCUAGUGGCUGGUUUGAACCAACAGUGGGCACUGGCCCCAGAAUCUCGCCUCUACAGUGCACAGGACUUGCACGAAUGACUAACAGUGGAAGGAGUUUUUUUGACAGUGGAUGGAACUUUCCUGACUUGGGUUAAUUGGAUGGCCUAAACUUCAGAAAAUGCUGGAAAUGGAUCUUCCUCAGGUUGAGCAUCAAACAUCUUUACACUUGUAGACAAACAGUGAAACUUUCACACUUGAUGUACAGAAGAGUUGACCCCUUUGCUGAUGCAACUAAGGGUGACGACUUACUCCCGGCAGGGACUGAGGACUACAUCCAUAUAAGGAUCCAGCAACGAAACGGCAGAAAGACACUAACUACUGUUCAAGGGAUUGCAGAUGACUAUGACAAAAAGAAACUUGUGAAAGCCUUCAAAAAGAAAUUUGCCUGUAAUGGUACUGUGAUCGAGCAUCCAGAAUACGGGGAAGUGAUCCAGUUGCAAGGUGACCAGAGAAAAAACAUUUGCCAGUUCCUCCUUGAGGUUGGCAUUGUUAAGGAGGAGCAGCUGAAAGUUCAUGGCUUCUAAAAUGUCAGUGCUCAUAUGAAGAACUUUGCAGGUUGUGUUCAUACCCAGGCUCGCUAUUCUGUGAAAUAUGGUUCUUUGCAGUAAAUGGACUUCCCAUUCAAAACCUGAUUUGCUUUUGCAUGACGACAGAAAACAUAUGGAAUGUAGGCUAGAAACACAUAAGAAAACUGCAGUAAGAUGGUAACACAAGAUCCUUGAGAAUUUUAACACAUUUCCAAUGGAAAUGUUCUCCUGCUGAUAGUUCAGUGUAUUACUUUUCACCUAAUUUAAAUGUUGUAUUAAAACCAUGUGUGUUGCUGCUUAAAUAAAAUGUCUCUUAUCUUAACCUCUUGAGUGUUCGGGAUCCAUUAACCAAAGGCCUUCAAGAAAUUGUAAUAAUAUUAGUAGUUCCUCGGCUAUUGGCAAAUAGGUAAAGCUUCACAAAAAAAUAUUCAACAUAAGAUAAGCACAACUACAUUGAUUAGACAUUUUCACCGGAUUGCAUAAAAGUAUGUGGUUGAGUGUAAUAAAAACUGACAAUUGCUUGUUUAUUAUCAGGACUGUAUGGUGAACUUAGGCAUAAUGAGGUAAAGUGCAACUUAUGUCUUGAAAAUGAUUGCUGUUGCUGGACUUUGGUCUAAAAUCCUUUUCCAUGCCAGUUUUAAAAUAUGCUGUAUUAUAGAAGCUUCUCUAGGGCUUACAUUAUUCAUAAUAUAAGCUUAUUCAUAUCAGUUUUAGUCUUUUGUUUUUUAUAGCAAAAAUGUGAUUGUAUUAAGCAGCAACCGCAGGGACAGCGGUUGCUGCUUAAUUUAGGUAUUUUUUCCUGACUUCAUGAAGGCAAAGCAUAUCAGUGAGGAAGUGCCUGAUGUUUUAGUAAGCUCUUGAGAGUUCAGAAGGAGCAUUGGAAGACUUAAAAUACAUAGCUGCAAGAUGAAUUUUAGUUUCCCAUUCAAUAAACCACUGUGGAAUUGAUAUAAUAAUCCUUUUGUCUAAUCCUUCUCUGACCUUACUGGAUUAUAUACUUUAAACAUUUUUUUCAUGAAAAUACAUGAUGAUAAGGUAAACCUGGAUUGUUACUACUUGAAUCCUCUUUUUCCCCGGUUAUAAAUAGAUGGAUUGACAUUCGUGAGCAUCACAGUUGCUUACUAUGUUCUGUGCGUUUCUAAGGACAACUAUUUGAAAUCUUUUCUAAAUGCAUUUUAAUAUUGGCAGGUGUCUUCACCUGACCAGAGGAUUAGAAGACCUUUGUAUCAACCUGAUUGAGUUGACAUUAGGAGCCCCCAGAUGGCGUAGUGGACUAAGUGACUUGAAGGUUGGAUUGCUGACCUGAAAGGUGCCAGGUUCGAAUCCCACCUGGGGAGAGUGUGGAUGAGCUCCCUCUAUCAGCUCCAGCUCCAUGCGGGGACAUGAGAGAAGCCUCCCACAAGGAUGGUAAAAACAUCAAAAACAUCCGGGCGUCCCCUGGGCAACGUCCUUGCAGACGGCCAAUUCUCUCACUCCAGAAGCAACUCCGGUUGCUCCUGACACGAAAAAAAAAAAAAGUUGACAUUGAGUAGAUACCACAGAUCAAUUGUUUAUACGGCAAUGUCUGUUUGGAUCUGCUCCAGUGUCUGUUAAAUCAAAGUAGGUUAUGAGACAUGAUAAUCGCAAGAAACCAGUUUAAGGAGUGUGUCUCUUAAUACUUCCAGUGUGUAGCCAGACUGAGUUAUUUUCAGGAGAUACUGUUUGAGGUAGUGACAUGAAGUCCUUGAAUUGUUCAAAUUUUCAUAUGUUUGGGUUAUAUUGAGUCUCAUUUUGGGGACCUCUGUUUCAUAUAGCCCACACUGGAAAGCAGGAAUAGUGAAUGUACUUUCAGCUGUUGCACCAUACAGUCUUAUGGUACUUUAAUGGAUUAUGUUUAUAUCGAUAUUGUAAGAAUUUAUAUGCCUGACUUGUGAGAGCUACUUUGUUUUGAUCAUGCCAACUCAUAGCCUAAUCCUUAACUAGACGUUGGUCUGACAGCACCAUCAUCAUUUUCUUCACUCUGGGAGAUCCACUUGCCUCAUCUGGGGCAGAAGAGAAGGGAAGCUGAAGAAGAGCUGCAAAGACUCUUUAGGGAAUGGCAAGUUUACUCAGAAAAAUUACUUUGGUGCUCAGGCUCACCAGUUUCCAAAGACACAUGCUUGAAUCAUGGUUGAGCUUUUCCUACCUACCCUACCUUGCAUGCAUGCAUACAUGCCUGAACCAUUGCUGUAAUAUGUGGACACUGAUACAGGUGCCUUGUUAGUAAAAAUAAAAGUUUGCUGAUCCUGUUGCUUCCUCAUACAGUUCUUUGUAUGAGGAAGAAGUCUCAUAGGAGACCAAACAAAACUCAAGGAUUCUAAGACUACAUGACUGGUAAUGAAACUGGUUAGUACUGUUAACUACCCCAGCUAGAUCAGGAGUGAGGAAAUCGGCUCUAAAAAUAUCAGUGUCAAUCUCAUCAUCCAACAUAGUCAGUGAUGAGAAAUGAAGAGAAUUUUAGCCUAACAUUUUAGAGAAUCACACCCGCAUUUCUGAGCUGUAUUCAAUGUAUUCAUUUUUUGGAACCUCUUAAAGACCUAUUAUGUGGUUUUUACCUGAACAUGUUUACCAGUUGAUCCAAAUGAGCUAUGUGCAUGGAAAAAGUGAGAUUGGUUUGUUUCACUAAUGGCUGCUUGAUCUCCAAAUUGACUGACUGAAUAAACUAUAUGCAAAAGCUGUA